UUACCUCCGCUCCCUUCCCCCUGCCUGGCAGAAUGGUUCGGUCGAACUCCCCUCGGUGCACCGCCCCUUCCCCUCCCCCGUCCCCGCGCGAGUGGCGCAUUGGCGCGCGGCGCCGAGGGGCGGGGCCCGAGCCGGGCGCGCGCGGGCGCCGUGUAUAAAUAGUAGGCCGCGCUGCCCGCCGCCUCGUUUGCUCCGCGCCGCCCGCUCGAGCUGACAAGAACGCGGUCUUUUGCUAGCGCGUUUCGCACUUGUCGGCUCGCCGCUUUUUCUCCUCAACGCCACUUUCACUCACCGCCACCACCAUGAACGGGCAGCUCAACGGCUUCCACGACGCGUUCAUCGAGGAGGGCACGUUCCUCUUCACCUCCGAGUCUGUGGGGGAAGGCCACCCAGAUAAGAUUUGUGACCAGAUUAGUGAUGCUGUUCUUGAUGCCCACCUUCAGCAGGACCCCGAUGCCAAAGUGGCUUGUGAAACUGUUGCUAAAACUGGAAUGAUCCUUCUUGCUGGGGAAAUUACAUCCAGAGCUGCUGUUGACUACCAGAAAGUGGUUCGUGAAACCAUUAAACACAUUGGAUAUGAUGAUUCUUCCAAAGGGUUUGACUACAAGACUUGUAACGUGCUAGUGGCCUUGGAGCAACAGUCACCAGAUAUUGCUCAAGGUGUUCAUCUUGAUCGGAAUGAGGAAGACAUUGGUGCAGGAGACCAGGGUUUGAUGUUUGGUUAUGCCACUGAUGAAACAGAGGAAUGUAUGCCAUUAACCAUUGUCUUAGCACACAAGCUCAAUGCCAAACUGGCUGAACUACGCCGGAAUGGCACUUUGCCUUGGUUACGCCCAGAUUCUAAAACUCAAGUGACUGUGCAGUAUAUGCAGGACCGAGGUGCUGUGCUUCCCAUCAGAGUCCACACAAUUGUUAUAUCUGUUCAGCAUGAUGAAGAAGUUUGUCUAGAUGAGAUGAGGGAUGCCCUAAAGGAGAAAGUCAUCAAAGCCGUUGUACCUGCAAAGUAUCUUGAUGAGGAUACAAUCUAUCAUCUACAGCCAAGUGGCAGAUUUGUUAUUGGUGGGCCUCAGGGUGAUGCUGGUUUGACUGGCCGGAAAAUCAUUGUGGACACUUACGGUGGUUGGGGAGCUCAUGGAGGAGGUGCCUUUUCAGGAAAGGAUUAUACCAAGGUGGACCGUUCAGCUGCUUAUGCUGCUCGUUGGGUGGCAAAAUCCCUUGUUAAAGGAGGUCUGUGCAGAAGGGUUCUUGUUCAGGUCUCUUAUGCUAUUGGAGUAUCUCAUCCAUUGUCUAUCUCCAUUUUCCAUUAUGGCACCUCUCAGAAGAGUGAGAGAGAGCUAUUAGAGAUUGUGAAGAAGAAUUUUGACCUCCGCCCUGGGGUCAUUGUCAGGGAUCUGGAUCUGAAGAAGCCAAUUUAUCAGAGGACUGCAGCCUAUGGCCACUUUGGUAGGGACAGCUUCCCAUGGGAAGUGCCCAAAAAGCUUAAAUAUUGAAAGUGUUAGCCUUUUUUCCCCAGACUUGUUGGCGUAGGCUACAGAGAAGCCUUCAAGCUCUGAGGGAAAGGGCCCUUCUUCCUAAAUUUUCCUGUCCUCUUUCAGCUCCUGAUCAGUUGCAGUCACUCUAGUCAAUGACAUGAAUUUUAGCUUGUGUGGGGGACUGUAAGUUGGGCUUGCUAUUCUGUCCCUAGGUGUUUUGUUCACCAUUAUAAUGAAUUUAGUGAGCAUAGGUGAUCCAUGUAACUGCCUAGAAACAAACCAACAGCACUGUAGUAAACAAUGCUUUGAAAUUGAACCUUUGUGCCCUAUCACCCAACCUUCUAAAAUCCUAAUUGCAUUGACUUUCCCACCAAAUGCUGAAAAUGUCCUUGUAACGUGCACGUAAAGUACUUGUAGUUCCAUUAUAGCCUCUGUCUGGCAAUGCCACAGCCCUGUCAGCAUGAAUUUGUAAUGUCUUGAGCUCUAUUAUGAAUGUGAAGCCUUCCCUUAUCCUCCCUUUAACUUGAUCCAUUUCUAAUUAUGUAGCUCUUUGUCAGGGAGUGUUCUCUAUCCAAUCAUUCUUGCAUGUAACGCAAGUUCCAGUUGGAGCUCUAGCCUGACAUGAGAAAGGAAAAAAAAAAAGGCAGUUACCAUUAAACCAUCUCCCUGGUGCUUAUGCUCUUAAUUGCCAUCUCUUAAACAGCACCAAAUCAAAAUCUCUCCACUUUUCAGCUGUCUUUUGGAGGACGUACGUAAUAAGGUUUUUAUUUAGUAAAUCAAUCCUAUGCAUGGUUUCAGCACUAGCCAAACCACCAACUCCUAGCUCUAGAAAAACAGGCACUUGGCACCCUUGUGAUGUCAUACAAAGAAGUCACAGGGCUGUACCUGAGGGUCUGUAGGUUGCACACUUUGGUACCAGAUAACUUUUUUUUUCUUUAUAAGAAAGACUGAGCACUCCACACUGCACAAUAAGUCCUCCCAGGGUUUUAACUUUGUUUUGUUUUCAAAACCAGGUCCAAUGAGCUUUCUGAACAGCUGGUGUAGCUACAGAGAAACCAGCUUCCUUCAGAGAGCAGUGCUUUUGGCGGGGAGGAGGAAAUCCCUUCAUACUUGAACAUUUUCUAAUUGCUUAUUUAUUGUAUUCUGGGGUAUGGCGUAAGUACAGAGAAGCCAUCACCUCAGAUGGCAGCUUUUAAAUUUUUUUUUUUUUUUUUUUUUUUUUCCUCAACACCAUGAUUCCUUUAACAUGUUUCCAGCAUUCCCAGGUAGGCCAAGGUGUCCUACAGAAAAACCUUGGGUUAGACCUACAGGGGUUCUGGCUGGUGUUAACAGAAGGGAGGGCAGAGCUGGUGCAGCUGGCCAUGGAGAAAGCUGACUUGGCUGGUGUGGUACAGAGAAGCCAGCUUGUUUACAUGCUUAUUCCAUGACUGCUUGCCCUAAGCAGAAAGUGCCUUUCAGCAUCUAUUUUUGGAGGUUUAUUACGUAUGUCUGGUUCUCAAUUCCAACAGUUUAAUGAAGAUCUAAAUAAAAUGCUAGGUUCUACCUUAA